CAAAAUAAUUAGUGUAACCAUUUUGUAUUUCUGGCGUUAUAAUCAUCUUCUUUCGUUACAUAUCUUUCUUUUCUGCAAUACACGAAAAGAUAUGUAAUGAAAGAUUGGGUUAGAACGAUUAUAUCCGCAUAAAUGCUCAUACUAAUUAUUUUGUCAUGUUGGCGACCCUUAAUCGUUGAUUAAAUCAAUGAUGAAGUUAAUAGGAGUUUGGUCGAAGUGGCUCUCAGACAUAGAAAUAAUGUAAAAUAAAACGAAAAUAUUACGAUAUUUUUUCCUACUCACUUUACUCAAAUAGUACAUUUAUUUAAAUUAAAAUAUUUUAUUCUUAUUUUUUUGAAAUUAUGCAACGUUAAUGUAAGCGUUUACAGGAUAAACUUUUGAAAACUACUCACGUCCUAUUUACGUAGGUAUUCUUCGGUGAAAAUAUUUUGAAUGACCUUAAAAUGAAUAUAUUAUCCUUAAAUGGAUUUAUACCGACAAAAGUUUAAAGUCAUAUAACAAAAUGAUUCAAAAUUCUAAACUAAUUAGCAAUAUUUAGCAUAGGGUAGACCGGGGCACGUUGUCACACGGGGCACGUUGUCACAUCGGCUUUAUUUAAAAAACUAAUAACCAGAGAGCAGUACCCGUCAUUCUCAAACCGUGUUAGUGUAUGCCCAUCUUUGGUGUGUUUACAGUGUUGAGAUUGCUCCAGUCGUGUCGACGUAAAAUCAACUUGAAAGUUUUUUGCGACCUUUUUUCUAUCAUGGGAAAUAAGAAAGUGGAUGUGCACAUACAUGAGGGAAGAUUAAUCGGCACUGUCGAAGAAGAUGGCUACGGCGGCCGCUACUUUGCUUUCCGUGGAAUACCAUAUGCAAAACCCCCAAUUGGCGAACUCCGAUUUAAGCACAAGAACGAGCCUUGCAGCCUUCGAUAGUUUUUUGGACGCAAAAAACGACCCUGUUUGCCGAAUUGCUCUGUCACGUCACAAUUUUGAGAUAUUUGCAGUUAAAGUUGCAAAAAUGAGCUAUUUUAGUGUAUUUUGGCAUAUUAUGAAAAUAAAAUAUUUGAAUUUUUUACAUAUAACACUGCGUGCGGGAAUAUCUCAUUCCUGCACGACCUCGAGUGAGAAAUCUCUCGCGCGUGCGGAAUCGGCCAUCCCUCGCACAGAUGGCGCGUGCGCAAUAGGCCACUUUUCACGCACUUUGUAAUAUAAAAUAGGGUGUGUAACACGUGCGGGUUGAGAA